AUGUACAUCCCUAGACACUUCAGUUUAGUCUUGGCCGUUAAAAUUUUUUUGAUUUGCCUUUUAUGUCUCUUUAAAUCUAACACACCUCGUGCAAAAAAUCUCCUUCAUCCCUCUCCAGAAGAGGAGAAGAGGAAACACAAGAAGAAAUGCCUGGUGCAGAGCACUAAUUCCUACUUCAUGGAUGUGAAGUGUCCAGGACGCUAUAAAAUCAUCACGGUCUUUACUCAUGCACAAACAGUAGUUUUGUGUGUUGGGUGCUCCACUGUCCUCUGCCAGCCUACAGGAGGAAAAGCAAGGCUUAUGGAAGGAUGUUCCUUCAGGAGGAAGCAGCACUAAGAGCACUCUGAAUCAAGAUGAGUGGAAAACCAUCUCAAUAAACACAUUUUAGAUAAAAGA